GGGGGGGGCGGAGCGCGAAGGCGCGGCGCCGCUGCUGAUCGGCUGAUCGGCAGCCCGGCGGGGGUGGGGAGGGGGGAGGAAGGGUGAAAGAGGCCUCGUCCCCCUCUUGUUAUUUCAGUGGUCGGCGUUCGGCCCCUCUGGCUGUGGCGACCCGUGUUUUGUGCGGUGACAUGGGCUGGUUGUGUGGGCAGCUCGCGGUUCUCCGGGGGUGAACCCGUGCCCGGGUGGACCGGGCGGGGGGUGUUGCCCGCCUCGUGGCUCGUUUGCUCCGUGUGUUCGCCACACUUUUCCCUCUCUGCAGAUUUUAUUUUAAAUAUAUAUGAGAAAUAAGCCGCAUCGAAGGUGCCUGGAAGGUUGAGCAGGGAGAGUGAGUGGGUCACCAGUACAUGGAGGUGGUGGUGCACGACGGUUGUGUGUGUGCGUGUGACUUCACCAUAGCUUCUGAAGGAGGGACAUUAUCCUAGGGUUUUGUAUUUAAAGUUUGUGUUUCUGAAAAUAACUUUAAACGUUAUGGAAAGUGGAUAGUAUAUUUGUUUUGAAUUGUUUUUUCCCUUGGUGUCUGGUGUUAGUUUUGAGGGCGCCUAUUGACUUAGAUGGGUGAAGGUGGUGCUGUCAAAGUGUACCCUGCUUUGGUUUUUGCCGCCCUCAAUCAUUGUAGAAGUGAGCAAGUUUAUUUUUUUACUUCUAACUGGAUGAUGCUUUCUUCUGAGGCCACGCCAGAGUCGCUCCAUUCCCCAUCUCAUGAUUCCAGGUCCUCGGAGCAAACCCCAACCACUUGUACCUCCACGUGCCCCUUUACAGAGCCGGGAUUGAAUUUCACCAACUCCGAUCUUGGCCUCGUGGACAUGAGCGAGGUUGAAUACACCCAGCUACAGCACAUCCUAUAUUCACACAUGGAGUCGCAGUCAGGGGAAGGUGAACUGGAGACUCGUCUGAAUCCUACUUUGUACCAGUCCACCAAUCCUACCAACCAGGCUGCAUUUUCAACAGCCAACUCAGUUAACCAGGUUCCUUACUCGACAACCAACUCUGCUAAUCAGAAUCUGCACCCUGUCACCAGUACUACGAACCCCACCUCAGAUUCUCACUAUGUGGGUAACAACCAAUGUUUAGGGCACAUUGAUUUCCAAGAGUUAAAAAUGAUGCUUUUGAAUGACCCUCCACUACCUAUUAACAGCACUAAUAAUUUGCAAAAUAUGGAGAAAUUCUCCCAAAAUUCUUCUGCAGAAACCACCCGACCUAAUGGACUAACACUGAAAAAUAGAGACACAACAGGUAAUUCAGACAGGGAGAAGAUUUCUGGGGACAGCUCAAUAACAGGACAAGAAUCAAGGUGUAAAACUGGACCUAGAGUUCGUCUUGAAGAUAGAUUUAAUGCAGUCCAAAACGAAAACCAGGAACGACAGGAGCUGCAGGAUUCUGGAAUUACUUUUAACAAUUUGGUUGCUUUGAUCCGGCAUCCUUCAGAGUUGAUGGGGAUACCUCUCCAUCCACAACAAAACAAAUGUACUACUUUAGUCAAAAGCAAGACUGGGACUUCUGCUUUGCAAUUUGCAUACCCUUUAUAUACACCAAAUACAUGUACGCCAACCGGCAGUACUAGCUCUGGUCAAACUCAGGGCGCAGGAAUCCAAACACAUGUGCUAGAAUCUGCCAGCCCACAGGAGCUUGCCCUGCCAAGAGCAUUUUCUUUAUGUUUCCAGCAGGAACUCCAAUCAGCCAGGCAGGCACUGAGUAACUGCAACAGAAACAAAUCUUUACCUGAACAAGUUUGGAUUAAAGUAGAAGAUGAAACUCUUCGUAAACAGGUAGUGAAUAAACGCUGUCGUAGUCGCACACGGCAAGCCAGUGUAGAAAUGGAACACAAAGUUCUUAGUGACCUUACCAACAUGACAGAGAAUCAAAAUGCAAAUAUUGCCCCAAGUGGACAGUGGCAAACUACACAUCCAACCACCCCUGGCCCAGCCCAUGGAAACCAACAGGAACUGAGUUGCCAGCGCAGAGAGAGACACAACAGAAUGGAGAGAGAUCGCAGGCGCAGGAUCCGUAUAUGUUGUGAUGAGCUGAAUUAUCUUGUUCCCUUCUGCAAUUCUGAAACUGAUAAAGCUACAACGUUACAAUGGACCACUGCGUUUCUCAAGUAUAUUCAGGAAAAACAUGGCGAUAUACUAAAAAAGGAAUUUGAGAGUGUUUUCUGUGGGAAAACUGGCAGACGAUUGAAACAACCAAGAGUAGAAGCACCAGUAGAUCACACUGUAACUGCCAGUGUACACAAUCAUGGUGUGAUGGAUGGUAAAUGAACUCCAAUAUGAGUGAAGUUACGGUUCCAGGAGAGGGACAAAGUUAGAUACAUCUCCCUGAUGCACUACAUCGAAAGUCAGGAUCGAGAAACGGAAAAGGAUAGCCAAACAGAGCAAUAGACCAUUUGUCAUCCCAGCAUAGUGGUUAGGUGGUAUUAUCACUGGCAAUGUUCAGAACUCUAAACAUGCACUGUAAAAUCAAAGAUGGUGGCAGAAAAUUUGAGUCCACCAUGAUGUGUGCCAUAUAACUAUUUCCCAGAUCCCUAGAAGUCCAGGUGUCUCAUUUAGCUGUCCAUCAUCUUUUAUUUGUACUUUAUUUCUCAUUCAACUUUUUUUGUUGGAGGGAAGGAACAUUCCACCAUAUGAGCAGGCCGAUAAACGAAUGCUGUUCUUGUUUGUUUUGUUCAGAUAUAUGCUUAUGGUGAAUAACCUAUCAUCAGUGAUGUUUAAGUUUGGCUGAGUUCAAGGCCCAAAAUGAUUAUCAGACCACCCAUGUAAAAUUUUCAAAGUAUUUUAGUGUGUGUUAUAAAUAAUAUAAAUGUUUUAAUACAUGGUAUUAAAGAAAUCACAGUAGAAUCAUAUUUUCCCUACCUGUCUUUGAUAUUAAAUUGAAUGCAGUUGGAGCAGUGAUGUUGCCCAAUUUUCAAUGGUAUGAUAUCUGAACAUUGUAUAAAUGGAUUUUUAUUAACCAGAAACUGUUGACAACAGCAACUUUAACACACUGGACAACUCUACACCCAAAUGCUGCUAAUAAAGUGAAAAUGCAGUUAGAAAGACAGUAUCCAUUUAUAAAUGAUCAAACAUCCACAACUACAAAAAGUUCUUGGUGAAAGCUAGACAAGCUAGGAGAAAGAGUGCAUAAACGUAUAUGCUUUCACAUACUGAAAUGUCUUUUUUUAUCACAGUACGAACGGUUUGAGAAAAGAAAAAGGUAUUUUCACAAGACUGAAGCACUUUAAUAAAGCAUGCUAAUAGGGUUGUUAAGUUUUAUAUGUCAUCCAGUGUGUGGCAAAAAGAGGAUGCUGUCCCUUUACUGGAAACUGAUGGUUAACUACUAUAUAAGCUUUAAAAUUUUGCAAUAUAUUUAAGGUACAAGAUAUUUAUAAUCUUUAACAAUACAAAAUGAUUCCUUACUCUUAAAAAAGAGGUUUUAUUCAUUAAAUGAAUCUGUUUGGUUUUAUUUCAAUGACCUGUUAAUUGUUGAUGGUGCUAUUAAUCUUUAAAAUAAAGGAUGACCAAAUACUUAACUAU